AUGGCCACUGCACCAGCUUUCCCCAAGCCUGUCGCUGUCGAAACCUUCCACAAGAAGCCAUACGCAGCCAUAUCCCCUUUGCGCCCAGAGCUUUCCCAGAAAGGCCGCGUCGUCUACGUGACAGGAGGCUCUGCUGGAAUCGGUCUGGCCAUCUGCCAUGCCUUUGCUUCAGCCGACGCCGGCACCGUUAUUCUUACUGCCCGUCGGGAGGGUCCCCUGAAUGCCGCUGUCAAGGCCCUAUCCAAGGAGCACCCAAACACCAAAUUUGUUGGCCAGGUUUUGGACGCGACAGAUCGAACUGCGACAGACAAAGCCUGGGCACAGCUUGAUAGCGACGGCAUUGUCGUCGAGGUUUUGGUUCUUAACGCCGCGCACAUACCGGAUAGGCCAGCGUCAGUGUUGGAACUUGGAUACAAAGAUCUGUGGCCCAGCUUUGUGACCAAUGUCGGCGCCAACCUUGAUCUCAUCGAUCGAUUCUACCAUCAAAAGAAGCGUGCGGCCGGCCAGAAGCUGGUAAUGAAUAUCUCGACCAUGGCUAUCCACAUCGGUGGAAUCGUCAAAACCUACGGCGGCUAUGGUGCUACAAAGAACGCAGGAACCAUGACGGUGCAGAUGAUUGCUCGAGGAGUCUCGCCGGAUGAUAUGCAAGUGUUGAGCUUCCACCCGGGCGUAGUUUUCACGGAAUCAGUGGCAAAAGCCGGCGUUACAGAAGAGACCUUUGAUUGGGAUGAUGCUAAUCUUCCCGGUCAUUACGCUGUUUGGGCAGCUUCUGAAGAAUCCAAGUUCCUUCACGGCCGCUUUACUUGGGCAGCGUGGGAUGUGGAAGAGCUGAAGAGGGAUGAGUCGAGGAAGAAGAUUGAGGAGGAUGAAGCUUACCUCCGCGUGGGAGUCAUCGGGCUUUAA